AUGAUGUCGGACCAGACUAACUUUUACUCAGACAACGCUGCCACUCACCACGACUCGUCUGAGCUUCCCGCCAUGACGAUGUCCGAGUUCAAGCAGAAGGGCGGAGUCCUCGGCGGCCGUGGCGAGCGCUACGACGGUUUUGAGGGCGAGCCUAAGCACAUUGGCGGAACCCUCAAGCACAUGAUGGAGGGUAAGACCAGCAAGCGUGAUUCCGCCCACCACGACCAGCAGGUCCGCGACGGUGCUAUGCACGGAGACUUCGACCCCCUUGACGGCGGCAAGCACAACACCUCUGCCGGCCGUCUCGGCCAGACCGCAGAGGAUGCCAACCGCCACGCCACCAUGGCUGAGCGCGAGCACGAGCACGCUACCGGCGGCAGGACCGCUGGUCUAGGUGCUGGUGCUGGUGCCGCUGGCCUCGCAGGCAACAACCACUCCCACGGAAACGUCCGUGGUGUCGAAGAGGGUGGCCUCCGGGGUGAGAAGGGAGCCCUUGGUUCUGACAGGCACGGUAUGGAGUCUGGAGCCGGUAUGGAGAAGAAGCCUUCUCUAAUGGACAAGCUUAACCCCAAGAAGGAUUCUGACGGUGAUGGCAAGAAGGGCUUCAUGAAAUGA